AUGCAAAAGAGUUCCAUUGCUGAGUCAUAUGACUUGCAGAGCAGCUCUGGCCUCAGCCUCAUCCCCACAAAGGCGUCUUGGUUGUGGGGGCUGGGACUCCUGCUCCCAGGCACAGCCAUCACCGGGGAGCUAAAGACUGUCAAGACUGUUGCCAUGUGCCCAGCCUCCCCUCUGGAUGGCCCUGUCAGGGUGUCCUUGCAGGCCCCACGAUGUCGCAGCCUCAGAGCAGGCUUCGCGGUGGACCCAGGGACUUAUGCAGCCUGUGGGCAACCCGUGCGCAUGCACAGUGCUCUGACUGGGCUGGGGAGGCAUUACCUGUGUGACAUCUGCUUGGACAAGGAGAGUAAACAGAAAAUAGCUUCAUUUUUGUCUCUCAUUGUCACUUUAAAUAUGCUCAGUGGAGCUAGAUCUUCCCUGAUCCUGCGACGGCGGAGGCACGUAUCUGUUUUUGUGCGUUUGGCUCCAGCCCUCACCAGCGGGACGUCUCCUGCUGAGACCCCGAGUUCAUCUGCUCGGCGCCGGGGCACCAGCUGCGGGCCUUCUGGGUCUGCAGCGCGGGUGGACUGGGCUGGUUCCGGGAACGCGGCACAUGAAGGUCUCGUGGCGGCCUCGGUGCCCAAGACCUCCAGACGGACGCUCAGAGAAGUGAGUCCCCCCGUUUUACGGGCCAAAGACGGCGGGAAUAGCGGUGAGGUUGGAUCUGCACAGACUGGCUAUGAGGAUUUCUGGCAUGUGACUCAAUUCCCAUUUCUCCCAGCUCCCUAUUCUGCCUUCUUUGGACUCUGCUGGCCCAGAGUGAUCUGUAAAAAGAGGAGAAAAAGGCCCCCAGGUUCCUGGCAGCAAGACACCCAGCAAGUGAGAUGUAACCUCUUUUGUACAGUAAUCCCUGUCCCCAGCCAGGUGACAUAUGUUUGUUCACUGCCUUGCAGAGCCCACCAGGACUCUAAGACAAACAUGAAACAUGGCACAACUUUAAGAUACUCCAGAGAAAAGCCCACCCUCCCUCCUCAGUGCACUCCCCUACCCCACGACCAUAUCAGAACUGUGGCACACCUUAACCUUCCAUUAAUUUAGGUCACAAUUUAGGCCACAAAUGGUCCAAUAUCUUUUUCACAAGCCCCAGUGUCUACUCUGGACACUGAGAAGUGCUGUCCUUCCUUGAGGGCUUUGUAGGCCUUGUUAAGGUUUUUGGUUUUUGCUGCAAUGGAUUUUAAAAUUUAAAUGGCACCAAAUUUACAGAAGAACUGCAAUAAUAGUACAAAGAACUCCAGUAUUGCCUUUAUUCAUAUUCAUCAAUUGCCAGGGGUUUUUUGGGUCACAAUUACUUUAUCAUUGCAUCUCUGUGUAUUUAUCAUUUUCUAAAUCAUUUGAGGGUAAGUUGUAGACAUCAUCGUGUCUUUCACCUCUAAUUACUUUGGCACACAUCUUCUAUAAGCAAGAACAGCCCCUUAAAUGACCAUAGUAUAAUUUCGAAAAUUUAACAUUGAUACAGU